GGGGCCCUGUGGACUGCCCUCUCCCCCCGCCCAGCCCCACCGCCACCCAGCGCCAGAGCACCUCCCGCUGUCGGUCCUCGGGCCUCGAGGGAGCCCAGCCCUCCGUCCCACCAGGAUCCGUGGCGAGUGGGGGCCGCGGCAGCUGCGUCCCCAUGAGGAGGGGAGGAAGAUGCCGGCUGAGCUGCUGCUGCUGCUGAUUGUUGCCUUCGCCAGCCCCAGCUGCCAGGUGCUCUCAUCACUGCGCAUGGCUGCAAUCCUGGAUGAUCAGACAGUGUGUGGCCGCGGUGAGCGUCUGGCCUUGGCCCUGGCCCGGGAGCAGAUCAACGGGAUCAUCGAGGUCCCAGCCAAGGCCCGAGUGGAAGUAGACAUCUUUGAGCUGCAGCGGGAUAGCCAAUACGAGACCACGGACACCAUGUGUCAGAUCUUACCCAAAGGGGUUGUGUCUGUCCUUGGGCCCUCCUCCAGCCCAGCAUCUGCCUCCACCGUGAGCCAUAUCUGUGGAGAGAAGGAGAUCCCCCACAUCAAGGUGGGUCCCGAGGAGACACCCCGCCUUCAGUACCUUCGCUUCGCGUCUGUCAGCCUGUACCCCAGUAACGAGGACGUCAGCUUGGCAGUCUCCCGAAUCCUCAAGUCCUUCAACUACCCCUCGGCCAGUCUCAUCUGCGCCAAGGCUGAGUGCCUGCUGCGAUUGGAGGAACUGGUGCGUGGCUUCCUCAUCUCCAAGGAGACGCUGUCAGUGAGGAUGUUGGACGACAGCCGGGACCCCACGCCACUGCUCAAGGAGAUCCGUGAUGACAAGGUGUCCACCAUCAUCAUCGACGCCAACGCCUCCAUCUCCCACCUCAUCCUCCAUAAGGCCUCGGAACUGGGAAUGACCUCAGCGUUUUACAAGUACAUCCUCACCACCAUGGACUUCCCCAUCCUGCAUCUGGACGGUAUUGUGGAGGACUCCUCCAACAUCCUGGGCUUCUCCAUGUUCAACACGUCCCACCCCUUCUACCCUGAGUUUGUCCGCAGCCUCAACAUGUCCUGGAGGGAGAACUGUGAAGCCAGCACCUACCCGGGCCCUGCGCUGUCAGCUGCCCUGAUGUUUGACGCCGUGCACGUGGUGGUGAGCGCUGUCCGAGAGCUGAACCGCAGCCAGGAGAUCGGUGUGAAGCCGCUGGCCUGUACAUCGGCCAACAUUUGGCCCCACGGGACCAGCCUCAUGAACUACCUGCGCAUGGUAGAGUAUGAUGGGCUGACCGGGCGGGUCGAGUUCAACAGCAAAGGGCAGAGAACCAACUACACCCUGCGCAUCCUAGAAAAGUCCCGGCAGGGCCACCGUGAGAUUGGGGUGUGGUACUCUAACCGCACCCUGGCCAUGAAUGCCACCACCCUGGACAUCAACCUGUCGCAGACACUGGCCAACAAGACACUGGUGGUCACAACCAUCCUGGAGAACCCAUACGUCAUGCGCCGGCCCAACUUCCAGGCCCUGUCGGGGAAUGAACGCUUCGAGGGCUUCUGCGUGGACAUGCUGCGGGAGCUGGCCGAGCUGCUGCGCUUCCGCUACCGCCUGCGGUUGGUGGAGGAUGGGCUGUACGGGGCGCCCGAGCCCAACGGCUCCUGGACGGGCAUGGUUGGCGAGCUCAUCAACCGGAAGGCAGACCUGGCUGUGGCCGCCUUCACCAUCACAGCUGAGCGGGAGAAGGUCAUCGACUUUUCCAAGCCCUUUAUGACCCUGGGGAUCAGCAUCCUCUACCGAGUGCACAUGGGCCGCAAGCCUGGCUACUUCUCCUUCCUGGACCCCUUCUCCCCUGCUGUGUGGCUCUUCAUGCUUCUUGCCUACCUGGCUGUCAGCUGCGUCCUGUUUCUGGCUGCCAGGCUGAGCCCCUACGAGUGGUAUAACCCGCACCCGUGCCUGCGGGCACGCCCCCACAUCCUGGAGAACCAGUAUACGCUGGGCAACAGCCUGUGGUUUCCCGUGGGGGGCUUCAUGCAGCAGGGCUCGGAGAUCAUGCCCCGGGCGCUGUCCACGCGCUGUGUCAGCGGAGUCUGGUGGGCCUUCACCUUGAUCAUCAUCUCCUCCUACACGGCCAACCUGGCCGCCUUCCUCACCGUGCAGCGCAUGGAGGUGCCUGUGGAGUCGGCCGAUGACCUGGCAGAUCAGACCAACAUCGAGUAUGGCACCAUCCACGCUGGCUCCACCAUGACCUUCUUCCAGAAUUCACGGUACCAAACGUACCAGCGCAUGUGGAACUACAUGCAGUCGAAGCAGCCCAGCGUGUUUGUCAAGAGCACAGAAGAGGGCAUUGCCCGCGUCCUCAACUCCCGCUACGCCUUCCUGCUUGAGUCCACCAUGAACGAGUACCACCGGCGCCUCAACUGCAACCUCACCCAGAUCGGGGGACUCCUUGACACCAAGGGCUACGGCAUCGGCAUGCCGCUGGGCUCCCCAUUCCGGGAUGAGAUCACACUGGCCAUCCUGCAGCUUCAGGAGAACAACCGGCUGGAGAUCCUGAAGCGCAAGUGGUGGGAGGGGGGCCGGUGCCCCAAGGAGGAGGACCAUCGAGCUAAAGGUUUGGGCAUGGAGAACAUUGGCGGCAUUUUUGUCGUGCUCAUCUGUGGCCUCAUCAUUGCUGUCUUCGUGGCAGUCAUGGAAUUCAUAUGGUCCACACGGAGGUCAGCUGAGUCCGAGGAGGUGUCGGUGUGCCAGGAGAUGCUGCAGGAGCUGCGCCACGCCGUUUCUUGCCGCAAGACGUCGCGUUCCCGCCGGCGCCGACGCCCGGGUGGCCCGAGCCGGGCCCUGCUGUCACUGCGCGCGGUCCGCGAGAUGCGCCUCAGCAACGGCAAGCUCUACUCGGCCGGCGCGGGCGGGGAUGCGGGCGGCGCGCACGGGGGCCCGCAGCGCCUCCUGGACGACCCGGGGCCCCCCAGCGGAGCCCGACCCGCCGUCCCCACCCCCUGCACCCACGUGCGCGUCUGCCAGGAGUGCCGGCGCAUCCAGGCGCUGCGGGCCUCGGGGGCCGGCGCGCCUCCGCGUGGCCUGGGCGCCCCCGCCGAAGCCACCAGCCCGCCCCGGCCGCGGCCUGGCCCCGCCGGCCCCCGGGAGCUGGCGGAGCACGAGUGACCACGGGCGGGGCUGUGCGGGCGCCCGGACUGACAGCAGGGACGGGGCCCGCCCCAGGCCCCAACAGUCUCCGCUCCCGCAGCGGGCGCGGGACAGGACUUGUGCGCCGGCGCCCCGGACGCCGCGAUUUUGCCUUUGGUUCCCGGUGAAGUCCCAGGCCCGGCUCUGGAGCCCGCCUGCGCCCCCCAGUGGACUCGCGAGAGGGUGCCGCGGGCGAGAAGGGCGCAGGAACCGAGGACUCCAGGGGCUGGCGACUUCGGGGGCCGCUCUGGGAAGCGGAAAGCAGUCAGCGGAGAGGACCCCAUUCUGGGACUGCUCAGGCUCCCCAAGACUUGACGCAGCCCCCCACGCUUCUGGAGGUGGGGAGGGCCUCUGGACAGAUGGGUGUCCCCUGGUGCCCCUCCACUCUUCUCUUCCUCUCUUUUUUGGGGGGAGAAACCUCGGAAUUUCUAUGAGACCUCCCCCAGGGAGGGGGUCAAUUGGGCCCCCAUCCCUCCCCUUGCCACAUCUCAGCCCCUGUUGGAAUAAAAAAAAGAACAAAACCCCAGAA